AUGAUACGAAACUAUAUCUUUCUCGCAAGUUUGUUUAUUCUCACGGCCUUCGUGGAAGGUCACAGCCACCUGGGUCAGCCUCUACCCACUCGUCGUUUGGACUGCAGAGCCGGAAAUGGCCGCCCUCGUGACUGCUAUGGUCCUUGCCCAGCUCUAGACACCUACGGUGACCCAACCGGUAUCAGCCCAAGCCGCCCAGCCGCAACCUGGAGACGGGGGGAACAAAAAACUGUUUCGUGGCAUCGAAACAACCAUGGAAAGGGAGAGUCCGGUUUCGUCAGACUCACUCUCGUUCCGGUGGACAAAAUGAUGGACUCGAGGGCUCACAAGAAGUUUACGUUUCAGAUUUCUUGCUGGAGUUCUGGGCUUCACAAAUGUAAAUCAAGAAACAAACAUGUCUGCGGAAAUGACAAAGAGGGUAUGGCCUAUAGGGCUCCUAUUACGGUUCCGACUGCUUAUCCCGAUGGUAUUUACGUACUGGGAUGGGCAUGGUACGGUGGGGGUGACUUUAAGCAUGACAGCUUUUUCGGUGAUUACUACAGCUGCUCGUUUGUGAGGAUCGAGGGCGGUGCUCGUCUAUCAUCUUCUUCGAAACCCGUCUUCGCCCCGGGCCUUAACACCAAACACAGAGAUGGAUGCCUAUCUUCUACCGACAGAGUCGGGGUUUGCAAAAGGGAACCAUGUCGCGGACAUAAAGUGCAAAAGAGGCGCCCGCGAGAUCUUCCCCCUUUCAUCUCCAGCGGAGAUCUCAAGUCUUCAGGGAGCUCUCCAGCAAGACCAAGCCCUAGCAGGGGCGCUCGUGGAGGCAGGGGCGCUCGAGGAGGCAGAGGUGCGUUUAAGGUCGGAGGGCUCGUCGUUUAUAACGUGAAGACUAGAAGCGGCCAAGACACAGGGGACCGAAGCAUCAGAGUCAGGGCUAGACGGUACAGUAGGGGCUUCACUCUCGGUCUGAAUGUGUCAGGUCCAGUUGAAAAAGUUGUGUUCAAGGGGAGUGGGCUCACUCACACAGAACACAAGGCUCCCUUUAUAGUCAACGGAAGCUCGAAUGGAAGACUUUCUGCACUGAGGUGCAGGAGGAAUCAAGAACUUCGCUUGACUGCUACAGUCUACGGUUCCGAUCGAGAGGAAACAUACAAACUUUCCGUGAAAUGUGUCUAGUAGCUCGAUAUCGAAACUAGAACUUGAUAAAUAGCUUCGGUCCUGAGAAGCCAAUUGCAUAGUCCGAAAAAGUUAUCUUCUCGAUGAGGCUUAAUUAAACGUAUGAAUAGCGUCGCUUUCCUCUUCUUAA